GCUCUAGUUUAGCUUUACGUACGUUUGACGUCAAACUAACCGGUGAUUUUCAAAUCCGAGCGCGUAUUUCAGCAUCUCUGAAGCUCUUAUCUAAUUUUUAGAGAAAUGGAGGACAACAAAGACUCACCUAGUGCCUUUAAAACGCCCCGCAAGCCUGCAAAAGUGAAAAGUCCAGUCAGUGCAUGUGGAACCCCAGUCACCAUUCCUGCCUCUCCCUUCAUGAAGAAGCUCGGCUGUGGGACUGGAGUCAAUGUCUAUCUCAUGAACAGGAUGGGUAAGCACAUUCAUUCACCAUGGGCCAUUAAGAAGAUCAACAGCAAAUGUGCAAAAAGUCAAAUGACCGUUUAUCAGAAGCGUCUGAGCGAGGAGGCAAAGAUCUUAAAAGACCUGCACCACCCCAAUAUUGUUGGUUUCAGAGCUUUUACCACAGCAAAGGACGGCUCUAAGUGUUUGGCGAUGGAGUACGGUGGAGAGCAGUCUCUGAAUGACUUCAUUGAGAAGAGGAGAGAGGAAAGUCUACAGGCAUUUCCCGUGGCCACUAUUGAAAAAGUGGCUCUACAUGUCGCACGUGGUUUACAGUAUUUGCAUAAUGAGAAAAAGCUUUUGCAUGGAGACAUGAAGUCAUGCAAUGUUGUCAUUAAGGGCGACUUUGAAAGCAUCAAAAUCUGUGAUGUUGGUGUGUCACUGCCACUGGAUGAAAACAUGCAGGUGAGUGAUCCAAAGGCCCACUAUAUAGGGACAGAGCCGUGGAAGCCUAAGGAAGCUUUGGAGGAUGGAGUUAUCACAGACAAAGCUGAUAUCUUUGCGUAUGGACUCACUCUGUGGGAGAUGAUGACACUUUCUGUUCCUCAUCUGGAGAUACUGGACACUGAGGGGAUGAUGAUGGAUGAUGAUGAUGAUGAUGAUGAUGAUACCUUUGAUGAAGAUGAUUUUGAUGAAGAUGCAUAUUAUGAGAGACUGGGAACUCGGCCUGCUUUGGACGCAGCCACUCUCGGAGGGGCUUAUCAGAGGAUGGUGGAGCUCUUCUGUCUCUGUACAGAUGAAGACCCUCAUAAAAGACCUUCUGCAGCUCACAUUGUUCAGGUGCUGGAAUCAAACACCCAGCUUUGUGACAAAAGCAGUGAGGUCAUUGUGAUUGAUUAAAUGGUCACUGUUAAAUUCCUGUCAAUGUAAAAUAUACUGUAUGUUUGCCUGUUGGGUCUGGUUACUGUUCUGUCUAUAAUUUUACUUUGUGAGCUGGUGCAUUUUCACAUUGUAAAUAUUUUUCUGUUGUCAUGUUACAUAUUUUCUUAUGUACUUUAUUGACUUUCAGAGAUUGCAGUGCAAUUUGGAUUAAAAUGUGUUUUUGAACCAUGGUCUUUGUAUGUAAAAUCAGCACACAUGCUAAAUUAAUCUGUCUUGUCUUACCUUGAAUAUAAUUUUGAAUUUGAAUUUUAGCCUCACAAAGGGCAAGUUCUCACUGACGAAAUAGCUGACUAUAAUAAAAGUACUUUAAAUUUAAAUGGAUAUUUCCAUGUUGAAUAUAAAGUUAACAUGCCCUGUUGUGCCAUGUGAUAUAUUCUAAACUAAAUGUUUUCAAAGUUUUGUAAUGCCAUGGAUGUAUAUAUUAUUGCAUGGGCCAGUUGCACUGUAAACAUGUUAAAUCUUAAACAAAAUAUAAUUUUCUUGACUUGACAUCUUUAAAAAAAAAAAAAGAAUUUCUCCCUGUCUAGCUAGUAUUUACUCUGAACAAUGCCUGAAACUUUGUAUUGCAAGCACUUACUGUGUCUGUUUGCCUCUUUAUAAUGAAUUGCUUAUUGUAUUCCUCAAUUGUAAGUUGCUUUGGAUAAAAGCAUCUGCUAAAUGAAUAAAUGUAAAUACAAUUUCCAUUUACUUCCUGUUGUCACCAUAUUGUUGGAUGUAUAAAUAAAACAAUGGCUGUGAAAAGAA